GAGAAACUUUAAAAAAAAACAAAAAAACCUUGAUGAAAAGGGUGUGUCACUCUCCAGUCUGGCAAAAAACAAAAAGAAAAAAAGCAUUUUACUUGUAUGAAGAAGCUUGUGAUUUUAUUUUACAAAAGGUAACCAAUAGAGACACUUUGGCUUAAUAGGGGAAUUUUGGUCAGGCACUACAAAAGACUACCAAACCCAGAGCUCGGGUCCUUUUACCCAGGAAGUCAAACUGAAAAAGAUGCCUUUCUGGAGAGGUACACCAGCAGGCAUGUCCCAGUGAGAGGAGACCAUCCCAAAGGACGGUCUGUGUCUCUGCUUAGACUGUUGUCCUCACAACCUGACUUCUGAUCAGCAGGAAAGGAUUAUUGGAUGGAGGACAUGUGCCUUUCACUAACAUCUUUCCAGAAAACCAUAAUUGAAAUCAACGGAAAACAAAGGAAGGACCGCAGACCUGCGUGAGAUAAAGACACUUGACUGGAUCUUCACAUCAUUCCUCCUCCCUUGACCCUCAUCACAUCCUGUCCUCUUCCUCCUCGGCCUCUUCGUUUCACUGCAGAGGAAUAAAACCAGAAGGAUUCCUUGGUUCCUGGCAUUGGGAGACUCGCCCUCGCCAGGAUGAAAUGCACAGCUGUCACUUUGGUUUGGUCAGCGUCAUUCAUGCCUUUCAAAGUUACCACAAGAACCAGGCUGCUUUGAUGAGAGGAGAGCACACACACCAGCAGGCCUGAACCUCUUCUGGAGUCAUGACUGUGUUUGCUUCAGCAACAGGAGAUGAACUUUCAGCUCAGCGUCUUUCUGCUGGAGCCCAAAGGUUUUCACCUUAAAUUCGGCCUCAUCAGACAGUCGACCAGCAAUGAAAGGAUGCAGUCAUGACCAGAUGAAACGAUAGAGAUGGGUGGAGUUGAAGAGAGAGGAGGACUCCCAUAGCGACCACAGGGAGGGGACAUGAUGAGGAGAACCCAGAGGGGGAGGAACAACUGUUUCCAGAGGAAGGAGCGUCUCUUUGCUCUCAAGGUUUCAGCCGGGAAACAACAUCUGUCUUUAUAAACUAUCCGGACUAAUAGAGACAUCUGGACCUCCCGAGGCGCGUGGGAGGGGAGUUCUGGUGAGCAGCUGACUCACAGCAGAGGGGGACUUCUUCUUCUUCUUUCUUCUUCUUCUUCUUCUUCCUCCAGCAGGAGCACCUGCUCAUCACUGAGAUUACUUUCCAUCCUCCGAGGUUCCAACUUCAAAGUGAGCAGCAGUCCUCCAAAGAGGCCAUUGUCUGUGCUGAAAAGGCUCGGAUAGCUUGUAAUUAUGCAGCUCUCUGCUCCUGCUGCUGCGUGAGCAGAGGAGAGGAGGUUUUCUCCAAGAUUAGAGAAGGUGGAAGGAGGAAAGACGACAGCAGUCCAGGAGGGAGGGAGAGGUAAACAGAGGCGGUAAACACAGCAGCGCUCCUCUAAACACAUCCAAGAGAGGUCAGGGCUGUUUGUGAGGAGCAGAAGACAGCUGAAGACACAUGGCCUCCUGCAACCUCUCCUGGUUUUGCAGCAAGAUGCAGCGGCCCACCUCCGCCCUGCUGCUCCUGCUCUGCCUCUCCCUGUGGAGCCAGCAGGCCGAGGCCGCCGUGCACUCCAGCUUCCGCCAGCUCAGCGGCCGCGAGAAGAAGGAGAUGCAGAAGGAGAUCCUGAGCAUCCUGGGGCUCCCGGGGAGGCCCAGACCCCACCCGCCGUUGCGCCCACCCUCCUCCGCCCCGCUCUUCAUGCUGGACCUCUACCACGCCAUGUCUGCUGACGGGGAGGACGAGGGGAACGAGAUCCUCAUGGGUGGCCCCGCCGUGGGCACGCUCAGGGGGGGGGCGCAGGUCCACCACGCGGCCCUGCCGACCCUCAGCACCCACACGCCGCCGCUGGGGACGGUGGUGAGCGAGGCGGACACGGUGAUGAGCUUUGUCAACCUGGUGGAGCACGAGCGGGACCUGCUGCAGCCUCGUCCCUACUGGAAGGAGUUUCGUUUUGACCUGACCCCCCUCCCUAAGGGCGAGACGGUGACGGCGGCCGAGUUUCGGAUAUACAAGACGCUGACGGUGGGCCAGAGAGCGAACCGAACCCUGCACAUCUCCGUCUACGAGAUCCAGCGAGAGAGCCGGCACAGAGAGCCGGAGCUGGUGCUGCUGGACAUGCAGUCUGUACCAGCAGGACAGGAGGGUUGGCUGGCCUUUGACGUCACCUCAGCCUCCAACCACUGGCUGCUCCACCCUCGCAGCAACCUGGGCAUACGCCUGUACGUGGAGACUGAAGAAGACCGCUCCAUGUCUGCAGGGUGGAUCGGGUUGGUCGGCCGUAAGGGGCCUCGCUCCAAACAGCCCUUCAUGGUGACCUUCUUCAGGGAGAGCCAGGUCCCGUGUCGGCCGCCUCGAGCUGUCAAGCCUCCGCCCAGGAAAAAGAAGAUCAAGUACGACCUCCCGCUGCCGGCCAUCCACAAUAAAAUUUCUGUAAACAAAGUGGGUCAGCCUUGCAGGAAACAUGAGCUCUACGUCAGCUUCAGUGACCUGGGAUGGAAGGACUGGGUUUUGGCUCCCACGGGCUACUCUGCAUACUACUGUCACGGGGAGUGCUUCUAUCCUCUGGGUUCCUGCAUGAACGCCACAAACCACGCCCUCAUCCAGCAGGUGGUCCACUUAAUAAAGCCAGACGAGGUUCCCAAAGCCUGCUGCGCCCCCAAGAAGCUCAGCCCCAUUUCUGUCUUGUUUUAUGACGACAGCAACAAUGUCAUCCUCAAAAAGCAUCGCAACAUGGUGGUGAAGACCUGCGGCUGUCAGUGAAGAUGCAUCUGCUGUUUAGAGUUCAGAGCUUUGCAACUCCUGACACCUUUGGAGAAAGUUUGACUUCAGAAGCAGAUCUUUGUCCUUCAAUUGUCUAUUCAGGCUAAGAUAUAGCGCUGCUUUUGUUUUAAAGGGGUUUUAUUAGAGCAUCCAGAUGGAGAUCACUUUGAACUUUGAUAUAAUCCCACCCACGGCACCUUCGUUCUGUUUCAUGGCUGCUCUGGAUCCAGUUGAGUUUUCAACCUGCUUUGCCUUCAAAAACUCUAAGAAGCUGCACAACUGUCUCUCCACUCCCUUCACAGACGAAGAAAACAGCUGAUGCUUUCAAUCAACUUAUUUUUAAUUUUUGGAUUAUUUUACUGAUUAUUGUUUUGCACCAAAUCCCAGAAUUUCAGAAUAUGUCUCACCAUGCUCCAGUUCAGUUUUAUUAAAAGCAAAUGAGUAGCUAAAGAAUAAACUACCUGACAACA